AAAAAAAUAAAAAAAAAUCAAGAAAAAAGGAAAGGAGCAUUAACUAACUGUUUUACCAUAAGCGAUUAAAUUUACUCUGUAACGUCCACACCUACUGUUUCGUCUCUUACCCAUAUCAAUUGUUGGCACCAAUUUCUCUACGCUUCUUAAUAGGCCGCGCAACCGUGGAACUCUCUGUCCUCCACACAUCACCACGACCAUGCAGCUCACGAGAACUCAGCUUAAAAACUUGAGGAAUUAUAGAUACAGCGGCAUUGACCAGUCGCUCAUGUCCAGAUAUGUGCUGAAGCCAUAUUGGUGGAAUCAAUUGCUUAAAGUCAUUCCGCUAAACAUGGCUCCAAACUUGAUUACUUUGACUGGUCUCGGUUUCGUACUCAUCAAUGUCGCAACUCUUGUGUUGUACAAAUACGUUUGGGGUGUCGAAAUUCCACGCUGGGUAUACUAUACGUGGGCUGUUGGUUUGUUUUUAUACCAAAGUUUUGAUGCAAUUGAUGGUUCUCAAGCUCGUCGCACAGGAACUUCUUCUCCCUUGGGACAAUUGUUCGACCACGGUGUUGACGCCAUCAACACUAGUCUGGAAGCUUUGCUUUUUCUCCACUGCAUGAAAUCUAGCCUGAACUUGUGUGUUGUUGCCCAAUUUGGUUGCCUGUUUUAUUUCUAUGCUUCAACCUGGGAAGAGUUCCAUACGGGAACGUUAUAUCUCUCUUACGUUUCUGGCCCUGUCGAAGGAAUUCUUAUUGUUGUCGCUAUUUUUACCGUUACCGGCGCCAAGGGUGUUGAAUUCUGGACCCGUCAGCACGCGAUGCCCGACUUUUUUGGCAACUUGGUUUUGAUCUACAAGCCUACAUUCUCCUAUGGCGAUUGUCUUGUUGCUUUCUUGGGUACUGGUCUCGUGUUGAACGUUGUUGCUAGUAUUGCGAACGCUUUGGCUACAGUGAAGGGUUGCUGUUGCCGUGCAUUCAAGAUUCUUCUUGGCCUUUUGCCCUAUUUGGUUCAAUGGAUGGCAGUCGGACUCCUUUUUAUCAAGUACCGCAGCUUUUUUGAUCAACAUUUCCUCAUUAUCUACAUUUUGAACGCCUUCAUUUUUGCCUACACCGUGGGCCUGGUUAUUUUGGCUCAUGUCACCGAAGCUCGCUUCCCUUAUUGGAACGUUUUGAUGCUCCCUUUUGUUGUGUUGGCUGCUGAUUCUCUCACGUUCAAUAUUUUCACUCCUUACAUGACCGAGUACCUUUUCGCCUACUUGGGAUUUAGCAUCGGUGUAUAUGGAAACUUCGUCGCACAUGUUAUUGCUAUGAUUACCGAAGAGUUCAACAUUCGCUGCCUUACUAUGGGUCCCAAAUACCCAGAGGUGAAGAAGGAUGAAUAAAAAGGGUUAGAGCCGAACUUGUAUGUCCCACUUUUCACAAAAAAUAACCAAGGGAAAAUGACCCGACAGUAACGUCAGUGAAGUGGGUGUGUAUGUUUUGACGGGGACCUUUAUAUCUCUCUCAGGAGCCGACAGCCUUCAAGUUGUCUUAUGAGUUUCUUCUCAUGCACCUGUCCGUUCACUAUUCACCUUCGUUUCCAAGCCACUAUCCCGCUUCGUGCAGUAUCUCUUACUGCAACUUUAGCGUUUUGGCACCGUUUUGAUUGUACUCAUACCAUCGCUGCUAUCCCGAGAGUUUAAGGAGCGAGUGUCCUUUCUGUUUUCCCUUUUUUUCGUAUACAAAAUAUCUCCCAUAUUGAUACUAAACUAAAUUCAUAUCUUAAUAAUGCUAAAAUAUCCAUACUCAUCUAUUCACUGCCCCAACACUGAGGCUCGA